AUUUGAGUUUCCGAGCCACAAUCAAAUGCGAAAUCUCUAGAGGGUAAAAUUGUCUACCUUUCUGCCUGCCUCGAUCGUACGUAACAGUUAUCAUCUUAAGUAGCAACCAAGAGUAAAAAGCAAAGGUAAGCGAGCAUUUCUAAUUAUUUUUUCGAGAUGUUCCCUCAAAAGUGGCCUAGCGUUCGAUUCAGUGGUUAUUUUGGAUUUACCUGAGCCGCGAAAAAAGAAUGACAAUAUUUGCACUUGGCUUGGCUUGCGUUUUCUACUCCAAUUUUGAGAAGACAUCCUAUUUAUCCUUUUACCCUUUGUUGUGUUUAACGAAUUCAGAGUUUAAAGCGGUGGAAAUGUGUUGUCUUUUUUGUCUUAAAUAAAGUGGAUAGUGAAUGAGAAGAGAGUUAUGUACCAAUAACCUCUGUCAUAUCUUCUUACAGGGAGAAAAACAAAGCACAAGCUUUGCGAAGCUCUUUAGCAGCCAUGUCGAGUACAAGUGGUGCGGCGGGGGCUUCUUUCGUAAAAUCUCAUCUUGCUGAACACAUGCUGGCCUUAGCAGACGAGCUUGAAGACGGAUCUCCGGCAAUUUACAGGCUUAACAUGAGGGAGGAAAUGAAACUCGAAAACAGUAUGAUAGCAAGGAAAAGCAUUGGAAGACCUUGUCGAAACGGCCACGGACAAAACGAAAGGGUCUUUCUGGUAGUGGGAGCUACAGGAGCCGGCAAGUCGACCCUAAUAAAUGGGAUGGUGAACUAUAUCUUGGGCGUGGAAUGGAAAGAUGAUUUUCGAUUUAAGAUCAUAACAGAAGACGACAAAAAAUCACAAGCUGACAGCCAGACGACCGAUAUAACCGCGUACACUUUUCAUCCUAUGAAAGGUUCACUUAUUGACUAUACAUUCACUAUAAUCGACACUCCUGGUUUUGGCGCUACUGAGGGGAUAAAGAGAGACAGGGAAAUAACUGAACAAAUAAAGGAGUUCUUUUCUAUUCUUCCGCCACAAGGGAUCGACCAUCUUGAUGGCAUUGGGUUCGUUACUCAGGCUUCACAAGCACGCCUCACUAAAACGCAGGAGUACAUAUUCGAUGCAAUCCUCUCUGUGUUUGGGAAAGAUGUCUCCCAAAACAUUUUCAUGAUGCUCACUUUCGCAGACGGUCAAAGACCUCCUGUUUUGGAAGCGAUAAAGAAAGCCAAAAUACCAAGUCAGAGUGACAAAUACUUUAAGUUCAACAAUUCAGCUCUCUUCGCCGAACACAGUUCCGAAACUCCAGAAGUCGAAAUGAAUUUUGACGAGAUGUUCUGGAAGAUGGGUUUCAGUUCCUUCAAAAGAUUCUUUGUGGAAUUUCCCAAAACAGAAAGUGUCAGUCUUCGUCUUACUAAAGAGGUAUUAGAGGAACGAGAGCAGCUUCACAUGUCACUGGAAGGUCUGAAUGAACAGAUUAAACUGGGACUAGACAAAAUUGAAGAGAUGCGACAGGAAGAACUUGUGCUGCAAAAACAUGAAAAAGACAUUGAAGCAAACAAAAAUUUCGAGUAUAAAGUUCAAGUCACAAAACCGACUUAUAUAGAUCUUGAAGGGACAGGACAAAAAACUACCACAUGUCUACCCUGCCAUAUCACUUGCCAUAAAAACUGUAGACGUCGUGAUGGAGCGAAAUUCAAAUGUUGGGCCAUGAACGAGGAUGGUUAUUGUAGGAUCUGUCCACGUGGCUGCAUUUGGUCAGAGCAUAAGAAUCUUCCCUAUCUAAUCAAGCAUAAAUUGAUCGAAGAAACAAGAACAUUAGAAUCUCUUAAGAAGAAGUACCACAAAGCAAUGAAAGAAAAGGCCACUGCUAAACAAAUGAUAACUGUGUUGGACCUGGAUCUCCAGAAAGUACACAAGCAGGUUCUCAACAUGAUCAGACAAGCUCAACAGAGUGUUCGUCGCCUAGAUGAAAUUGCUCUCAAAACCAACCCACUUACUGAAGUCGAGUACAUUGAUCUACUUAUCGAGUCCGAAAAACGAAGUGUCAAUCCUGGUUGGCAACAACGCAUAAACUACUAUGAAGAAGCCAAACGACAAGCUGAAAUCUUGUCCAAAGUAAAGGAUGAGAAAGAAAGCCAGACGUUGAUACAACAAAUGUCCGCUCAACAAGGUAUGGAUGUGAACCGAACAGAAAACGAAACAAUAAAAGCGCUGACUGAAAUGCAUCUGGAUAAAGAUCAAUCGAAGAAAUGGUAUGAACGAUUCAAGUUCCGAUUCCGGUGAUUCCGGUGGUUACCACUGUAUACGACUUUGUGGGAUCUCUGGGUGAGAUAGUAGAACCUUGUAAGCUACAUCUAUCAUUUAAAGCAUUGAGGAAUAUGACUCUGAAAAUAUUCUGAAAAUAGGCUUUAAAUGUCAUCAACUUUUUUUAACGUUCUUUAGGCAGGAAAAACAGUUAAGAAUUUUUUUCUCACCAAAGGGUCAUGCUCCCGAGUGAUCAACAAGCAGCAGAAUAGAAAUAAAUCUUAUUGUACUUUAUAACAUGAGGCGCCUCAUUACGAAAUAUUUGGACAGAACCAAAUUUUUGGCGAGGUGUGCCGGGUAAAACAACUCUGAGCAUUAAACCUCCAAGUUUCUUUAUCAGUACUUUUCAAUGAUUUUAUCCAUUGAAAUUGCUUAUAUGCUUGAAAAACGAGAUUUUAGUAUAACCUUUUGUUAUGUAACCGACUAACAAACAUCAAGCUUGAAUGAGCUUUGUCUACGUAAUCGCACUUCACUAAUUUUCACUCAAACGGGUUUUUUCUUACAUUUAUUAAAGCUUAUAGCACAAGUAUGUCUGAUUACGUUCACUUAUAAAUUAGUUACUAGGCGAUAACAUGGCUUGUUUCCCAGUUACGGGACCGGGGUCUGCAAGUAAAGUCUUUAGAUUAACUAUUAAUCAGAGAGAACGUAGGUCAGUAAAGAUCGACUGAAAAGGUCCCGGUUUGAAUUAGUUCGCCUAUUAUCGACUUCGUUUGGUAUUUUAAGAACUUUUGCCACAUUAAUUAAAGAAUCCAAGGAAGUGGACGCCGUCACGUCGAGAAAUAAAAGAUGAAACAUUGCAG